AUGUUCCGCCUCGCUCACGAUAUCUCGCCAUCGUGGCAAUCCAACAACCCUUACAACUCCCACUUCUCGCUGCCAUCCUCUCGGGAUGCACCACGCAUCUCUCCCUAUCAACCUAUCCCUUCUGCCCAACCUCGUUCCAUCUAUUCCCCCUCAUCAUCUGCUUCUCCCCCUCCAUUCACAAACAUGACCUUCUCCACACAGGCCGCAGGGUCCCUCCCCUCGCCGCCGAGCUCCCAGCGCGAACGCCCUGCUUCCCCCUUCUCCGUCGCGGAUUCCCUACCCACCCUCCGCCAGGAUGAUUCACAUCAGCUCGCUUCUCCGCCAAUGAGCCCGAUACGACGACCUCAAGUUAUGGGCCGCGGUGGCUAUGUGAGUGACUCGGAGGACACUGAUGUCCUAGCGCUCAAUGCGGUGGUAGAUGGUAUUGGAAGGAUGCAAGUCGAUAUGAAUCUGGACCAGGCGGGAAGAUGGAGGAUCGCACGUCGGAGUGACUCUGACUCUUCUUGGUAG